AUGCUGGUAGCCAGAGGGGAGUUCGCAAGUUAUAUUCAAGGCCCGGCGGUAGAACAGAACCGACCGAUGGAGCAAGUGAAGAGGAAUCAGAAGUCGAGCUCCCAUAACUCGCAACCAGUUCGAAUAAUCAAUGCAAUUCACAGUCGGCCUGAACCUACUGAGGAGUCAGAUGAACUGCUUCGAACACGCCUUCGCCAGGCACAGAUGAAGAGGAGGAUAGGCAGUGUAAACACUCUGCACCAGCAGAGUGUAUCAACACAGAUCAAGUUUGGCAGAACCGACCUAUUACGUGUUCAAAUUCCUCACGAGGAUCCGUUAGUCGUCAGUUUGACAGUAGCAGAAUGCCUGGUACGACGAGUCCUGGUUGAUCCUGGGAGUAGUGCGAAUGUUAUGCCGAGGGACACGUUCAAUCGGCUCGAAAUAAAACCCGAGAGGCUCAAGCCCACUACAAAUCCCUUGCUAGGGUUCGAUAGAAAAUGGGUUGAACCCAUCAGUAUGGUAGAAGUUGCAGUGCAGGCUGCAGAAAGGGUUCUGAUAGAGAGCUUUGUGGUUGUUGAGAUUCAUUCAUCUUACAACCUUCUGAUGGGCAAAGGGUGGAUUCACAGAGUUCAGGGUGUUUCCUCAACUCUGCACCAGGUAAUGAGGUGCCUAGGGCCUGAUGAAAAUAAGGUAAUUGACAUUUAUGGGGACCAGGUUGCAGCUAAGGAGUGUUAUUCUGUGACGAUGAAAUCCGCUGGAAAAGGAAAAUCACCUAUUCGCUCGGCAAGCUCCAGAUAG